AUGGAGGUAGCGCAGCCCAAGGACCUGGAGGAGGACUUCGGCCUGGCCAAAAGGAGAUAUGCGGAGCUGCGCAGGCAGAAACGGAUCUUCAAUGCCAGGAACAGGAUCAUCGGGGGAGACACAGAAGCCUGGGAUGUUCAGGUUUGUGACCAGAAGAUAAAAGAAGCAACUGAAAAAGCUAGACAGGAAACCUUUGCUGCUGAAAUGAGGCAAAAUGACAAGAUCGCAUGCAUAUCAGAAGACCGGGAAAGGAGAGACAGGAAAAAUCUCUGUAAAGCUAUCAAUGAUUUCCAACAGAGCUUUCAGAAGCCAGAAACUCGCCGUGAAUUUGACCUCUCCGACCCCCUAGCCCUUAAGAAAGAUCUUCCAGCCCGGCAGUCAGAUAAUGAUGCUCGGAAUACAAUAUCAGGAAUGCAGAAAUUCAUGGGAGAGGAUUUAAACUUCUAUCAGAGGAAGAAAUUCCAAGAGGAACAAAACAGGGAAUGGUCCUUGCAACAGCAAAGGGAAUGGAAGAUUGCCCGCGCCAACCAAAAAUGCACAGAGGAUCUCUACCUGAAGACAAGGCUGCAGUUUGACGAAACAGCCAAGCAUUUACAGAAUCUGGAAAGCACCACCAGAAAGGCGGUUUGCGCAGCUGUGAAAGAAUUCAACAAGAACCAGGCCUUGGAGUCAGUGGAAAAGAAAAUUCAAGAGAAAAAACAAGACCAAGAGGACAACCUGGCCGAGAUCUCCAACCUGCUGUGUGGGGACCUGCUCUCGGAGAACCCCCAGCAGGCAGCCAGCUCCUUCGGGUCCCAUCACGUGGUCCCGGACCGCUGGAAGGGCAUGAGCCGGGAGCAGCUGGAGCACAUACGCCUGGUUCAGAAACAGCAAGUCCAGGAGAAGCUGAGGCUCCAGGAAGAAGAGCGCCAGCGAGACAUGGACUGGGACCGGCAGAGGGUCCAGCAGGCUCGCGCCGCCUUGCUGUUUGAGCGACAGCAGCAGCGCCAACAUCAUGACCUGCGCAGAGCCCUGGACUGCAACAACCUCAGCCUGGCCAAGGAGCAGCUUUUGCAGAAAAAAUAUAUGAAGGAAAUCUGUACAAAUCAUCCCACAGAAGAUUAUUUCGCACAAUUUAAUACAAGAAGUCGAUAA